UUCGACAAAAAACAAGACCCAUUUUCAAAACACGCACUGACACUGUUUCUCCCUCGCACACACUCGCAGGCACAGAGAAAUUCACCAGAGAGAGAGAGAGAGAGAUGAAAUUGAAAACCAGAUGACGAAGAAACGAUAUUGAAAUUCAUUUUUUUGUUGUUUUUGAAUUUUGGAAAACGGAGAAAUUGAUGAGGUUAAUAACGAGAUUGCCGACGUAGUUUGGACUAUAACACCGGUGCCGUAAUUUACGCCGGGAGAUGGCCGUUGUCACGCUGUCUCCUGCAGUUUCAUUUCCAUUUCGAGUUUUGAUAUUUCUGCGAUCUUGUAUUUCCCUUGGUCCCACUUGAAAGAUUCAAAUCCGAGGAAUAUUUGAAACUUGUAGUGUCUCGAAAUAAUUUUGGGAAAUUGCAAAUUGUUGCGGAUUAAUGAUGGCGAAAGGGGCUUGGUGGUGGGAGAAGGUAUUGAGGGGGGUGCGGACGGUGUAUUUCAUGGUGACGAUGGUGGCAUCGCUGUUGCUUGAGUCUUUGCCGCUAGUGGUGGCGAUUGGUGAUGUGGUGGUGCCGUGCUUGCUGAUUCCAAGCUUCACAUGCGUUAAUUGCUACGGUUUUAGAGAGCACUUACGGAGAUACGCUUUCAAGAGCUCGCUUAUGGAUAUUCCUCUGGUCUCCAUAAUCAGAUCUCUUAUUAUCACCUAUGUAUAUUCAAUGUGUGAUGGCGCGAUGCUCUCACAGGGGCCGUACCUUGGAACCGUAACACUCUGCUCCAUCAUCUCAAUACUUCUUCUUGCUCUCAAGGCUUGUCUUUUUGCUGUCAAUUCUCAACUUGAGGCAGAAGAGUUAACUUGUCUUUCAAGGCAGAGGCAGAGACUCCAUUUGAAGAAGUCUUGGGGGAUGCCCGUCUUGUUCCUCUCAUCUGUCGUCUUUGCUCUUGGUCACAUUGUUGUAGCCUAUCGUACAAGCUGCAAAGCUAGGAGGAAGCUCUUGUUGCACCGUGUUGACCCAGAAGCUGCUCUUUCUUGCAAGAUGGUCUUUUCUGGCUACCAUAAGGUUCCUCGAUCGCCUACUCCAUCUGCUGGGAAAACUUUCAGAAGUAAUAGUGAAAUGAGGAGAAAAGGACUAGGUGUUGCUCGGGAUGAUGGAGAACUUCCAGUUAGUUUACUUGCUGAUAAGGACAGCUUAUUCGUUUCUUGUAAAGGAUUAAUGGUUCACUACAAGCUAAGCAUACCUGGAUCGCCUUCCUGUUCCUUAUCCUCCACUUCCUUUGUGGAUGCACCGGCAACAAGCAUUUCAUUGAAAACCCGAUACACUAUCCAUAGGAGCAUCAGUAGUCAAUUUCAUGUCAGUACCUCUCUCCAUACUCCUCUGUUAGAUGAUUCUCCGCCAUCCCCAUUGUAUAAAGACAUGCCAAUUUUGAGCCUUGAUGAUACCGGUGAGAGCAAUGACAUGAGCAAUAUGAGAUCUCCACUGUUGGAACAGGAUCUAGAAGCAAAUGGACACUUUGGAAUUGUUUUAGUGCAUGGUUUUGGAGGGGGAGUCUUUUCCUGGAGAAAUUUGAUGAGCAUUCUAGCUAGGCAGGUAGGCUGUGCAGUUGUUGCAUUUGACAGGCCUGGUUGGGGUUUGACGUCCAGGCCACGCCGUAGGGAUUGGGAGGAAAAUGAAUUGCCUAAUCCUUACCAGCUUGAUAAUCAGGUUGAUCUGCUUCUUUCUUUUUGUUUGGAGAUGGGAUUUUCUUCAGUUGUGUUAAUUGGCCAUGAUGAUGGAGGAUUGCUUGCACUUAAGGCUGCGCAAAAAGUCCAAUCGUCAGCAAAUUCUAAGAAUAUUGAAAUAAAGGGAGUUGUUUUGCUGAGUGUAAGCUUGUCAAGGGAACUGGUUCCUGCAUUUGCAAGAAUUCUAUUACGCACAUCACUUGGAAAGAAGCACCUGGUCCGUCCUUUACUUCGGACAGAAAUUACUCAGGUGGUUAAUCGGCGUGCAUGGUAUGAUGCAACCAAACUAACAACUGAAGUUUUAAGCCUCUACAAGGCCCCGUUACAUGUAGAAGGUUGGGAUGAAGCACUUCAUGAAAUAGGGAAACUUUCAUGUGAGACCGUAAUCCCACCACCUAAUGCAGCAUCCUUGCUGAAAGCUGUUGAAACAUUGCCAGUUUUGGUUAUUGCCGGGGCUGAAGAUGUCAUUGUCCCUCUAAAAUCUGUUCAAACUAUGGCUUCUAAACUUGUAGAUUCUAGACUUGUGGCAAUAUCUGGUUGUGGCCAUCUUCCACACGAAGAAUGUCCCAAAGCAUUGCUUGAAGCGGUAUCACCAUUCAUUAGUAGGCUUUUAUUAAGAACAGAAAUACAAAACUGAUAGAGCUCUUAGUUCUAUGCAUAGAGAGAUAUUUUUUGUUCUGGUAAAUCAUUUCAAGUGCUAAAUUAUCUCUAGAGGAAGUCCAAAUGCAACUCUCCUUUGGGUGUUGUUGAUUAGUUUGCAAUUAUGCCAUCAGCCAAUUUUAAAGUCAUCUGAAAUGCAAUUCUCUCUC